AUGACUGUAAAAGAAACUUUGGUAGGUAUUGUUAUAUUAUCAUGCGCAUUACCGAUUGCGCUGUGCAAAUGGAGUAGAAGUUUGAAUAAGACCUCUAUGCCUCGCGGUAGACUUUUCCUAGUGACGUUGACUCGAGUUAUAUGCGAUGCCAGUAACCCUGCUAUCAUAAGAUAUAUUUUGAAUCCAUGGAUGGGCUUGUUAUCUUGGCUACUAUUCCAGGCGUACCGUUUCCCCAAACACAACCAUAGUGGAUACUGGCUUCGGACGGCACCAGUGGAUAGAAAACCUGGUGUUGACAAGAAAUUGUUAUUAUACGUUCAUGGUGGUGGGUUCAUGUUUGGAUUAAUUCCGUGGAUGCUAAUCGUCCUCUGGACCGUAGGCAAAAAAUUGGACGAUGAUGUUGCCAUACUAGUAUUAGAUUACCCUGUAAUGGCGAAUUGCCCUGAGACGAUUGACUAUGUGUGGAAAGAGUACCUUGAGCUUACAGAGACGUUUACGGAAAUAAAUCUGAUUGGCGAUUCGUGCGGAGGAAAUUUGAUCUUAAACAUCUUGUUGAAAUGUCACGAAAAUAAAAUGACAAUUCCAAAGCGCGCCAUUGCAAUAUCUCCAUGGUGCAACGUCUUAGACCGAGACUCUGUAGACGUUGAAAGGUUAAACGGCUACAACGUAGAUAUGCUAUCGAUGAAAGUUUUAACGGUUUUCCAAAAUUCUUACAUGCAAAACGUAGUUGAUCCCAGUCAAUACCUAAAGUAUUUGAAUUUCACAUCGAUUCCAAGGGAGACUUGGACUGAAAUUCUCAGCGACACUAAAUUGUUCAUCACAUAUGGUGAUCUAGAAAUGUUCAAGAAUCAAAUCGAACUGUUCAUCAACCACAUCAGUCCCAAUGAAAACUUGAUUGCGGAAAUUUUUCCGUGUGGGUCCCACAUCGAGCCUUUAGUGCUAGGUUAUCACCAGUCUUUGGAUAAGUGGGCCAAAUUUCUCAGUAAAUCCGAUGAAACGUCAUUUUGA